AAAUAUCAGCCUAUACAGAUAAUAUUCACCUUGUUUAAGGCAAUAAAUUAUUGAGAGUAAUAUUGUGGUACUCAGAUAGUGAACAGUUGAGCUGCGCAGAGUUCAAUUCAGUCGAAGCUGGAGCGAGGUGAAGACAGUCGCGGCUAGACCCUGUUCAUGCUUUGAAUAUGCCCAAUUUUAUAUACUGUUGCUUACCAAAACCGUCGGGUCGAUGGUGAAAAGAAAGAAGACAUCAUCUGCUGUCGAAGAGCAUGAAAAUGGGUAACCUUGUCUGAUAAAGAAGCACUUUAAAUAGAGGUCGAAUGUAUCGAAAGGUUUUACGUUGUCGUUUCAGAGGGCGCUAAACUCAGGGGCGCUCGUAUUUGAAUUUCGGAUAAAAAUAAAACAAUGUAAACUGUUAGAAGUUUAAGGUGACUAACAAAAACACACGAGCAAGGUAUAGUAAUAUUUUGGCUUUCAAAAUGUAAAUGAAAACAUAUAUAGAUAGUAUUUUCGUGUUUCGACAGGACGGUGAGAGGGGAUUUGAAACAAACAGCGGCGGCCAUGUUUAGAGAAAGAGAACGUCGUCUUUUUUAAGUUGAUUUGCGUUGUGAUGUCUUUUAAUUGUGAAACAUUUGUAUUGAUUGUGUUUUGCCAGGAUGACAGUUGGGCUGAGAGACGGCAUCGGUGUCGAUGGACCGAAUAAUUCGGCCAGAAAGCUUGAAGGUUGUGACGAGGAGGAGAGCAGAGAUCAGGGGAGCGAGGAGUGUAGUACAAAGAGAGACGGAGUGGAAAUUCUUAAUCCAUCAACUACGGGCUGCUCCAGUUCAGCACCAGUGAUUCCCACAUCCGUAUCGAUCCCGUCUGGACCUUGCUCGAGCCAACAGCCCCUGUCAUCGACAGCACCCACCCCACCGAGUCACGACCAGCAUCAUUUUCUGAGAUCCAGCGUUCGACCCCCGAGCAAACGAAUCCGGAACGAUUCCAUCUCCCCAACUAUCAAUGGUCACGGCGGGGCGAAAUCGAAAGGUAUGCGGUGAAAGUGUUUGUGCCUGGGGUUACCUGUUUAUCUGUGUUAUAGGAGUACCCCAUCCCGCUACUCCUCGCUGGUAAUGGACCUAGCUACUUUUGCCAAUCCAUUGAUGAUGGUUGAAUAUGGUCAGUGUUUUGAAUGCAGGAUAUUGCGUCUAUGCUGGUCCUAUCUAUACAAAACGGACACUUAAAUUGUUUCUAGGCAGGAGACUGGAAACCACCAUUAACUGCAUUCAAGUUGCGAGGCCGUCCCAUAUUAUUGCUUAUGAGAGGGAGACCGAUAUAGGACAACUCUUUAUGAGUUGUCAGCAUUUUAAUUCAGUGAGUGUUAUUUAUAAAAAAAACACCCUGGAAAAUAUGUAUUUAUUUGUCAAAGGACCCGUUCAAGUAGUGUAUGAUUUACUACAAUGCAUCAUGCAUGUUUCUUUUUAGAUAUUAGAUUAUUGUACCAUUAUUACGUUUACUAUAUCGGUAUUAAUAUUUUAUUAAAUGCACAUUUUGCAAUAUUGGAAUAAUACUUGACAUAAAAUAAUUAUGACUCAACAUAAUAUUUUUAGAAGCAGUGCUCACUCUGUUGUUGAGGAUUGGGUUGUGUGUCUGUCCCUCCUGACCUGCACUUUGUGAGGUGGCGGCCAGUGUUGCUCCAUGCCAGCCUCGCGUGUUGUUUUUGGAACUUCGCUCCGGUCCUCGUUGCAGGCCUGGCAAAUGGAACCGACUUCCUUUCCUGCUGCCUCACUUUGCCAGCUCUUCAGCCACAGGAGGGGAGGGUCUCUGUAGUGUGUGUUGUGUUUUGGAGGACGGUGAUGUUGCAUGUGCCUCAGACUGUUUGUGCUGAAAGUGGCAUUAUAACCAGUUGUUUUUGAAAAGCUAUUUGUUACUAUAGGCGUAGAGACAAGUUACUUAAGGAUAGUGCAAAGUAAACCCCCCGCCUUCUGCUUCUUCUGCCCUCUUCUCAACGUGAGCUUUUGGUAUGAUAUUUAAGUUGUGUGACACUUGCUUUUCUCUCUUGCUCACUCUCCUACUUUCUCACACUCUCACUUAUUCUCUCUCUCACACACAACUCACUCUCGCAUGUACACUCAAUCACUCACUCACUGUCUCUCACAACACUCUCAUAUACACUGAACAAAAAUGUAAACGCAACAUGUAAAGUGUUGGUCCCAUGUUUCAUGAGCUGAAAUAAAAUCCCAGAAAUGUUCCAUACGCACAAAGCUUAUUUCUCAAAAAUGUUAUGCGCAAAGUUGUUUACAUCCCUGUUACUGAGCAUUUCUACUUUGCCAAGAUAAUCCAUCCACCCUACAGGUGUGGCAUAUCAAGAAGCUGAUUAAACAGCAUGAUCAUUACACAGGUGCACCUUGUGCUGGGGAAAAUAAAAGGCCACCCGGACAGCUGAUGAGACUGGGUUUGCACAACAGAAGAUUUUCUGCACAAACUGUCACAAACUAUCUCAGGGAAGCUUAUCUUGCGUGCCUGUCGUCCUCACCAGGGUCUUGACCUGACUGAAGUUCGGCGUCGUAACUGACUUACGUGGGCAAAUGCUCACCUUCGAUGGCUACUGGCACGCUGGAGAAGUGUGCUCUUCACGGAUAAAUCCUUGUUUCAACAGGCAGAUGGCAGACGGCGUGUAUGGUGUCAUGUGGGCGAGCAGUUUGCUGAUGUCAACGUUGUGAUCAGAGUGCCCCAUGGUGGCGGUGGGGUUAUGAUAUGGGCAGGCAUAAGCUACGGACAACGAACACAUAAUUCCAUUUUGUCGAUGGCAAUUUGAAUGCACAGAGAUAUCGUGACGAGAUCCUGAGGACCAUUGUCGUGCCAUUCAUCUGCUGCCAUCACCUAAUGUUUCAGCAUGAGAAUGCAAGGCCCCAUGACGCAAGGAUCUGUACACAAUUUCUGGAAGCUGAAAAUGUCCCAGUUCUUCCAUGGCCUACAUACUCACCAGACAUGUCACCCAUUAAGCAUGUUUGGCAUGAUCGGGAUCGAUGUGUACAACAGCGUGUUCCAGUUCCCGCCAAUAUCCAGCAACUUUGCUCAGCCAUUGAAGAGGAGUGGGACAACAUUUCACAGGCCACUAUCAAGAGCCUGAUAAACUCUGCGAAGGAGAUGUCGUGCUGCAUGAGGCCACACCAGAUACUGACUGGUUUUCUGAUCCACCCCCUUACCUUUAAAAAAAGGUUUUGUGACCAACAGACUCAUACAGUGGGGAGAACAAGUAUUUGAUAAACUGCCGAUUUUGCAGGUUUUCCUACUUACAAAGCAUGUAGCGGUCUGUAAUUUUUAUCAUAGGUACACUUCAACUGUGAGAGACAGAAUCUAAAACAAAAAUCCAGAAAAUCACAUUGUAUGAUUUUUAAGUAAUUAAUUUGCAUUUUAUUGCAUGACAUAAGUAUUUGAUACAUCAGAAAAGCAGAACUUAAUAUUUGGUACAGAAACCUUUGUUUGCAAUUACAGAGAUCAUACGUUUCCUGUAGGUCUUGACCAGGUUUGCACACACUGCAGCAGUGAUUUUGGCCCACUCCUCCAUACAGACCUUCUCCAGAUCCUUCAGAUUUCGGGGCUGUCACUGUGCAAUACGGACUUUCAGCUCCCUCCAAAGAUUUUCUAUUGGGUUCGGGUCUGGAGACUGGCUAGGCCACUCCAGGACCUUGAGAUGCUUCUUACGGAGCCACUCCUUAGUUGCCCUGGCUGUGUGUUUCGGGUCGUUGUCAUGCUGGAAGACCCAGCCACGACCCAUCUUCAAUGCUCUUACUGAGGGAAGGAGGUUGUUGGCCAAGAUCUCGCGAUACAUGGCCCCAUCCAACCUCCCCUCAAUACGGUGCAGUCGUCCUGUCCCCUUUGCAGAAAAGUUUCCACCUCCGUGCUUCACAGUUGGGAUGGUGUUCUUGCGGUUGUACUCAUCCUUCUUCUUCCUCCAAACACGGCAAGUGGAGUUUAGACCAAAAAGCUCAAUUUUUGUCUCAUCAGACCACAUGACCUUCUCCCAUUCCUCCUCUGGAUCAUCCAGAUGGUCAUUGGCAAACUUCAGACGGGCCUGGACAUGCGCUGGCUUGAGCAGGGGGACCUUGCGUGCGCUGCAGGAUUUUAAUCCAUGACGGCGUAGUGUGUUACUAAUGGUUUUCUUUGAGACUGUGGUCCCAGCUCUCUUCAGGUCAUUGACCAGGUCCUGCCGUGUAGUUCUGGGCUGAUCCCUCACCUUCCUCAUGAUCAUUGAUGCCCCACGAGGUGAGAUCUUGCAUGGAGCCCCAGACCGAGGGUGAUUGACCGUCAUCUUGAACUUCUUACAUUUUCUAAUAAUUGCGCCAACAGUUGUUGCCUUCUCACCAAGCUGCUUGCCUAUUGUCCUGUAGCCCAUCUCAGACUUGUGCAGGUCUACAAUUUUAUCCCUGAUGUCCUUACACAGCUCUCUGGGCUUGGCCAUUGUGGAGAGGUUGGAGUCUGUUUGAUUGAGUGUGUGGACAGGUGUCUUUUAUACAGGUAAUGAGUGGAGAACAGGUGCAGUUAAUACAGGUAAUGAGUGGAGAACAGGGGGGCUUCUUACAGAAAAACUAACAGGUCUGUGAGAGCCGGAAUUCUUACUGGUUGGUAGGUGAUCAAAUACUUAUGUCAUGCAAUAAAAUUAAUUACUUAAAAAUCAUACAAUGUGAUUUUCUGGAUUUUUGUUUUAGAUUCCGUCUCUCACGGUUGAAGUGUACCUAUGAUAAAAAUUACAGACCUCUACAUGCUUUGUAAGUAGGAAAACCUGCAAAAUCGGCAGUGUAUCAAAUACUUGUUCUCCCCACUGUAUCUGUAUUCCCAGUCAUGUGAAAUCCAUAGAUUAGGGCCUAAUUAAUUUAUUUCAAUUGACUGAUUUCCUUUAUAUGAACUGUAACUCAGUCAAAUCUUUGAAAUUGUUGCAUGUUAUUUUAUUGUUGCUCUUAUUUUUUGACUUUAUUUAGUAAAUAUUUUCUCGACUCUUUUUCUUAACUGCACUGUUGGUUAAGGGCUUGUAAGUAAGCAUUUCAUGGUAAAGUUUACACCUGUUGUAUUCGGCGCAUGUAACAAAUAAAAGUUGAUUUGAUGUUGCGUUUAUAUUUUUGUUCAGUAUACUUUUCCUCACCUUCUCUCCCUCUCUCACACAGGGUCAGAAAAUGGUCCCUCUCACCAGGUGUCGGCUGGUCAGUCCGGCUCCACUUCAGGCUCUACGGGGCCCUCAGGCAAGGCGGCCCCUAGAGGCCAAGGGCUUGGAGACAAGGAGGAGCCGGUGGGCAAUCAGAAGAGACCCCGGAGACAGUGGGAGUCCUGGAGUGCAGAGGACAAGAACAGCUUCUUCGAAGGGCUCUACGAGGUAAGUAAACUUUUUAAGUAGUACGAAAUAUAAAUAUAUAUGCGCAGUGGAAGCUAAUUUAUAGCAAUGUCGGAGGAGACCGCCUGUGCAUCUUAUUAUUACAUAAUCCCAACUGGAAGCCCCCUCUAGAGUUAGCUAGGGGUCCUUUCACCAGUGUUUUCACCCUGGGUCAGGGAGUUUUUCCGGGAUAUAAUAAUAUAAUAUGCCAUUUAGCAGACGCUUUUAUCCAAAGCGACUUACAGUCUUGCGUGCAUACAUUUUUACGUAUGGGUGGUCCCGGGAAUCGAACCCACUACCCUGGCGUUACAAGCGCCAUGCUCUACCAAUUGAGCUACAGAGGACCAUGAUAUUAGGCUGCUUUCUUUCAAACCGCUGAAGACAAUGUCUAAAAAAUACAGCUUAUGUUUUCUUUCCAAUUAGCAUUUUUAUUAUGAGCAACUUCAUAAUAAAAAGAAUAAUACACAGAUUUUAUAUAGCACUUUUCAUGGACUCAAAGAUGUUUCAAGUCCAUAUUUGAAGAUGCAGUACAAUGUAUUUUAAAAAAAAUGUAACCUUUAUUUAACUAGGCAAGUCAGUUAAGAACAAAUUCUUAUUUACAAUGACGGCCUACACAGGCCAAACCCAGACGACGCUGGGCCAAUUGUGAUACAGCCUGGAAUCGAACCAGGGUGUCUGUAGUAACGCCUCAAGCACUGAGAUGUGCCUUAGACCGUUGCGCCACUCGGGAGCCCCAAAUAAACUAGAUUAUAAUAACUAGAAGCAUCUAUAUAUAGUCUUAAGUUACAUUUAGGAAAAUAAUUGGUCUGAUUACUUUGAUAUACUACUAUAUCAACCUUAUUACUUUGGAUUGUGGGGCUUUGAAAUGUUAGAUCACACAUUUCAUCAGAAAUAACUACACUUGGACUACCACACUUUUUUUUUUAAUACACUCUCCCACUAGAAUGCCACAGUAUAUGCAAACUGUAAUAAUAGAGCACAGAAGACAGUCAUUGUUGAAGUUUUAAAUAAAGAAACAACUUAAUUGUUUCACAACGUAUUUGAACGACAGUGGAAUGUUCAUGAUGUCCUCUGGGUAGGCAUAGGCUACUUUGUAGUUAAAGCUGCAAUAUGUCACUUUUUGGGCGACGUGACAACAAUCACAUAGAAAUGUGAGUUACAGAACUGUCAUUCUCAUUGAAAGCAAGUCUAAGAAACGGUAGAUAUGUUCUAUGUGUGCUAUUUCUAUGCUUCCCGUUCUUAAAUUUAGUUUUUACGUCCUUUUACUUUAGGUUUUGUACACCAGCUGAAAAUACAAUAUAUAUUUGGUUAUGGAAAAUAUAUUUCACAGCGGUUUAGAUGGUACAAUGAUUCUCUACACAAUGCUUGCUUGUUUUGUCACAUAAACUGAAAUUAGGCAAACUAUUCAGAUUUUAGCAACCAGAAAAUGGCAGAGCGAUUUCUGCAUAGUGCAUCGUUAAUUUUUUUGGGGAAAGUCUUUCCGUCUAUACCAGAAGUAGGUUAUCAUUAGCAUCAUCACUAACCGCUACACAAAGUAUAGACAUACGUGCGCACUGAACACACAGAUGGGUAUUCCUGUGCCGUUUCAGAAAGUUGCAGGAAAAUCACUGAAUCGCUGACCGACUGUACUGAAUAGGCUACACAACUAAUUCAAAUUAAAAUGUCUAAACUACAGUUGUUGCGUGUAAAAACUGAAAUACGUUUUCACACGCAACAAAAAAGUUUCCCUCUUUAGCCUACGUAUCAGAUUCAUCUACUGUGUUGUUAUUAAAUGUAACAACCUGGCUAUACUCGUAAUCGUAUACGUAAAUUGACUGUUGAUACUCGUGAUCGGACAAAUCUGAAGUGUUUUAGUAUGCAUAAGUCGAUGUUGGCAAAAUGCCUGUAUCCCAGCAGGGUUAUCGUAAAAAAUAAAAAGCUGCAGAUUAGGAGCAGUGCCCGGAGGUGUGUGUCUUUGUAAGUGUUUGUGUGUCCUAUCCUCAACUUGCAGCGGGCAGACAAGUUUGCUGUCACUCAGUCAGAAUGCGCAUCUUUUUUUCCCCUACUCUUGCUUCGCUUGUUAGAUAUUAUGCACAUUGAUGGCUUGCAAACGUCCUCGCCUAUUGAUUUAUCAUAUUAGCUGCAGGAGGCAGCAGCAAUCUAAAUGAUCAGACCGAAACAUGCGAUGAGAUGUGAUUGUGCGAAAUAUAAAGCGAGGGAACGGAGAUGGCUUCAUUCUAUCCAAUCAGAGCAGCAAGAUCUUUACAGACAGGCAAACUAGCCAGUUGAGUUAUUUAGAGCACAGGGUACGAUCCUGAGGUGGACAGUGCACUGUUGCCUUGGCUGCCUCCUUGUAGCUGGUUUCUUGGUGUUCACAAUUCUUCACAUUCAUUACUCUGCCUGUGUGAGUAUCCAUAGAAAUGGCCCCGUUUGGGCUGCUCAAGGACAAGACAUGAGAGAGCUGUUAGCUGACAUCAACUAUGUGAGUGGAUAUGUGAGUGGCGCGAGGAGCGAAGCAUGCCCAAUUUGACUGGAGCACGGAGCAAGUUUCCCAAAGGCUGGAGCGUCUGACUUGUCGCCCACUUCAAUUUCGCUCAAGUAGCGCUCACUUCACAAGCUCAGUGCAUGCCCAGCAUGCAUUUGUAGACCACUUGUGUGCUGCUAUAGCCUCUUGCUUUAGCUACUGUCAUGUUAGCUAAAUAUUUUCCAUUGAUAAUUUUUGUGUGAUUUUUGUUGUCAGCACAUUCAACUAUGUAAAGAAAAAAGUAUUUAAUAAGAUUAUUUCAUUCAUUCAGAUCUAGGAUGUGUUAUUUUAGUGUUCCCUUUAUUUUUUUGAGCAGUGUGUAUAUAUAUAUAUAUAUAUAUAUAUAUAUAUAUAUAUAUAUAUAUAUAUAUAUAGAUAUAUAUAUAUAUAUAUAUAUAUAUAUAUAUAUAUAUAUAUAUAUAUAUAUAUAUAUAUAUAUAUAUACAGUGAGGGGAAAAAAGUAUUUGAUCCCCUGCUGAUUUUGUACGUUUGCCCACUGACAAAGACAUGAUCAGUCUAUAAUUUUAAUGGUAGGUUUAUUUGAACAGUGAGAGACAGAAUAACAACAAAAAAAUCCAGGAAAACGCAUGUCAAAAAUGUUAUAAAUUGAUUUGCAUUUUAAUGAGGGAAAUAAGUAUUUGACCUCUCUGCAAAACAUGACUUAGUACUUGGUGGCAAAACCCUUGUUGGCAAUCACAGAAGUCAGACGUUUCUUGUAGUUGGCCACCAGGUUUGCACACAUCUCAGGAGGGAUUUUGUCCCACUCCUCUUUGCAGAUCUUCUCCAAGUCAUUAAGGUUUCGAGCCUGACGUUUGGCAACUCGAACCUUCAGCUCCCUCCACAGAUUUUCUAUGGGAUUAAGGUCUGGAGAGUGGCUAGGCCACUCCAGGACCUUCAUGUGCUUCUUCUUGAGCCACUCCUUUGUUGCCUUGACUGUGUGUUUUGGGUCAUUGUCAUGCUGGAAUACCCAUCCACGACCCAUUUUCAAUGCCCUGGCUGAGGGAAGGAGGUUCUCACCCAAGAUUUGACGGUACAUGGCCCCGUCCAUCGUCCCUUUGAUGCGGUGAAGUUGUCCUGUCCCCUUAGCAGAAAAACACCCCCAAAGCAUAAUGUUUCCACCUCCAUGUUUGACGGUGGGGAUGGUGUUCUUGGGGUCAUAGGCAGCAUUCCUCCUCCCCCAAACACGGCGAGUUGAGUUGAUGCCAAAGAGUUUGAUUUUGGUCUCAUCUAACCACAACACUUUCACCCAGUUCUCCUCUGAAUCAUUCAGAUGUUCAUUGGCAAACUUCAGACGGGCCUGUAUAUGUGCUUUCUUGAGCAGGGAAACCUUGCGGGCGCUGCAGGAUUUCAGUCCUUCACAGCGUAGUGUGUUACAAAUUGUUUUCUUGGUGACUAUGGUCCCAGCUGCCUUGAGAUCAUUGACAAGAUCCUCCCAUGUAGUUCUGGGCUGAUUCCUCAACGUUCUCAUGAUCAUUGCAACUCCAAGAGGUGAGAUCUUGCAUGGAGCCCCAGGCCGAGGGAGAUUGACAGAUCUUUUGUGUUUCUUCCAUUUGCGAAUAAUCGCACCAACUGUUGUCACCUUCUCACCAAGCUGCUUGGCGAUGGUCUUGUAGCCCAUUCCAGCCUUCUGUAGGUCUACAAUCUUGUCCCUGACAUCCUUGGAGAGCUCUUUGGUGGAGAGUUUGGAAUCUGAUUGAUUGAUUGCUUCUGUGGACAGGUGUCUUUUAUACAGGUAACAAACUGAGAUUAGGAGCACUCCCUUUAAGAGUGUACUCCUAAUCUCAGCUCGUUCCCUGUAUAAAAGACACCGGGGAGCCAGAAAUCUUUCUGAUUGAGAGGUGCUCAAAUACUUAUUUCCCCCAUUAAAAUGCAAAUCAAUUUAUAACAUUUUUGACAUGCGUUUUUCUGGAUUUUUGUUUUGUUAUUCUGUCUCUCACUGUUCAAAUAAACCUACCAUUAAAAUUAUAGACUGAUCAUGUCUUUGUCAGUGGGCAAACGUACAAAAAUAAAAUAAAAUAACGUUAUUAACAGAUUCUGAUCCGGAACAGAAUAAUCACUUUCGUUCCGGAACAGUAUAGAUCACUUUCGUUCUGAUUCUGUAUUUCUUUUCCGGUUUUCUGUUCUGUUCCCUGAAUCGGUUCCAACUCCUGAUACAAGCACACUAUUCCAGACUGAUCUGCACAUUUUUAAAGUUUGAAUGACGUUUCUAGCUUUAACUGUGUUGUAAUAAUAACAAUAAUAAUAAUCUCCAUUGACCAGAGGAAGAGUGCCCCCUACUCCAACACAACUUCCAUAUCUCUAGUGGUGUCUCUUUCGCUCUCUGUAGUAUGGGAAGGACUUUGAGGCGAUCCAGACGAACAUAGCUUUGAAGCAUAAGAAGAAGGGGAAGCCAGCCAGCAUGGUGAAGAACAAGGAGCAAGUCCGACACUUCUACUACCGCACCUGGCACAAGAUCUCCAAGCACAUCGACUUUGCCAACGGUAAGCUAUCUUAUCUCUGUCUCGCUCUCUUCUCUCUCUCGUGACUUCUCAAAUAGAAAUCUCCACUCACCUCUUGCUUGUUUGCACAGUCUCACUUUUUUUUUUUUAUGUCCGCGUUUCAGUUUGUUGACUAAAACGUUGACCUUCAAAAUCAAAGUGUGAAACUGCAAGCAACCAGCUUUUUAUGAAGACAAGUUGGCAUUCGCAAGUGAAACUUUGCAUACAGGUUGCAGGCAAUCUGCAUUCAUUUCUUCUUUUGAAUCCUAUUAUUUUUGUGAUACACACACACACACACACACACACACACACACACACACCUGCAAGCGACUCAUUAAAUGUGCAAGAGCGUUAAACUCUGUCUUUUGAUCUUUUCGUCAGUGUGAGACCCAUUUCAAUUGUUUGUGGAGCACCCAAGAUCACUGGUGUGCUGUAGUUUUUCUUUUAAUUUUUAUUCCCUAACAUGCCCAGUUCCUCCUGUCCCACAGUGUACUCCCGUGUGCUGAAGAAGUCCUCUCAGGAGCUGUAUGGUCUCAUCUGCUACGCCGAGCUCCGGAAGAAGGUUGGAGGAUGUGAGUCAAGCAGGGUGGGACGCCUGUAUUUGUCUGUGUCUUGGAUGGUGUGUUUGUGACACACCAGCCUCAGUCUGGCUCUGUUUCUGCUGCUGGGACUGGUUGGCUGCGAGGGAGCUGAUUAAGUGUUGGGCUGGGCCCGGCCGGGGUCAUGGGGGACAGUUAAGUGUGGCGCAGGUUAUGAGGGAUGUUAUGUAAUUAAUGUCCUUUGUCUGUGUUAGUCUUGUUCCCAAAGAUGGCAAGCUUUUCUACCUCUGUUGCAGGUCAUUGCAGAUGUUAUGUUAAUGUCUGUGUUGUCUUUACAACGCAAGAGCAAGGAGGUACUAGCUUUUCUAACUCUGUUGUUGUUCAUAGUGAUGGAUGAUAAGAACGUGGCCAAGCUUAACGAGCUCAUCCAACAGGGGUAAGACUGAGACCAAAAAUGAUACCAAUGUAACCACAAAAUAUACCACCUAUUUUCUUCAAAACGUUAGAGUUAUAAGUAGUUUAUUUGUUUAUACAUUUGAAAUAAACCGUUAUAUACACUAACCGGACAGUUUAUUAUGUACACCCAUCUAGUACCUGGUCGGUACCCCCUUUGCCUUUAGAACAGCCUGAAUUCUUCAGGGCAUGGAUUCUACAAAUAGGAAACGUUCCACAGGGAUGUUGGUCCAUGCUGACGCGAUGGCAUCACGCUGUUGCUGCAGAUUGGACUGCGGUACACCGCCGCCACCAACCUGUACCGUUGACACCAGGCAGGAUAUGUCCGUGGACUCAUGCUGCUUACGCCCAAUCCUUACUGUGCCAUCCGCAUGAUGCAACAAGAACUGUGAUUCCACUCCUCAAUUGUCCGGUGUUGGUGAUCGCGUGCCCAACUGGAGCCGCUUCUUCUUGUUUUUAACUGAUAAGAGUGGAACCCGGUGUGGUCAUCUGCUGCAAUAGCCCAUCCGUGACAAGGAUCGACGAGUUGUGUGUUCCGAGAUGCCGUUCUGCACACCACUGUUGUACUGCGCCGUUGUUUGUCUGUUUGUGGCCCGCCUGUUAGCUUGCCAUUCUCCUUCGUCCUCUCUCAUCAAAGAGCUGUUUUCACCCACAGGACUGCGGCUGACAAUGUUUUUAGUCGCACUGUCAUGCAUGAAAAGCCCAGGAGGGCUGCCGUUUCUGAGAUACUCGAUCCGGUGUGCCUGGCACAGACGAUCAUACCAUGCUUCAAGUCACUUAUGUCACUCGCUUUGCCCAUUUCAAAUGUUCAGUCAAACAGUAACUGGAUGCCUGUCUGCCUGCUUUAUAUAGCAAGCCACGGCCACGUGACUCACUGUCUGGAGGAGUGAGCCAUUUUUGUGAACAGGGUUGGUGUACCUAAUAAACUAGCCGGUGUAGAUAGAUAUAUACUGAACAAAAUAUAAACGCAAUGUGUAAAGUGUUGGUCCCAUGUUUCAUGAGCUGAAAUAAAAGAUCCCAGAAAUAUUCCAUAUGCAAAAAAAAACGUAUCUAAAUAAUGUUGCACAAAUUUGUUUACGCCCCUGUUAGUGAGCAUUUCUCCUUUGCCAAGAUAAUCCAUCCAUCUGACAGGUGUGGGAUAUCAAGAAGCUAAUUAAACAGCAUGAUCAUUACACAGGUGCACCUUGUGCUGGGGUCAAUAAAAGGCCACUCUAAAAUGUGCAGAUUUGUCACACAACACACUGGCUUGCAAUUGGCAUGCUGACAGCAGGAAUGUCCACCAGAUCUGUUGGCAGAUAAUUUAAUGUUCAUUUCUCUACCAUAAGCCGCCUCCAACUUUGUUUUAGAGAAUUUGGCAGUACGUCCAACCGGCCUCACAACCUCCACAUCCUGCUUCUUCUCCUGCGUGAUCGUCUGAGACCAGCCAACUGGACAGUUGAUGAAACUGAGGAGUAUUUCUGUCUGUAAUAAAGCCCUUUUGUGAGGGAAAAACUAAUUCUGAUUGGCUGGGCUUGGCUCCCAAGUGGGUGGGCCUAUGCCCUCCCAGUCCCACCAAUGGCUGCGCCCAUGCCCAGUCAUGUGAAUCCAUAGACUAGGGCCUAAUGAAUUAGUUUCAAUUGACUGAUUUUCCUUCUGUCAAAUUCUCUAAAAUGACGUUGGAGGCAGCUUAUGGUAAAGAAAUGAACAUUCAAGUUUCUGGCAACAGCUCUAGUGGACAUUCCUGCAGUCAGCAUGCCAAUUGCACCCUCCCUCAACUUGAGACAUCUGUAGCAUUUUGUUGUGUGACAAACCUGCACAUUUUAAAGUGGCUUUUUAUUGUCCCCAGCACAAGAUGCACCUGUGUAAUGAUCAUGCUGUUUAAUCAGCUUAUUGAUAUUCCACACCUGUCAAGUGAAUGGAUUAUCUUGGCAAGGGAGAAAUGCUCACAAAAUUAAGAAAAAUAAGCUCUUUGUGCAUAUGGAACAUUUUGGGGAUGGUUUUAUUUCAGCUCAUGAACUAUGGGAUCAACACUUAACAUGUUGAGUUUAUAUUUUUGUUCAGUGUAGAUAGUUGAAAUUGUGCAAUUGUUGUUCGGGUGGAGUUUGUGUGUUUUGCGGUUCUCUUAUGGUUCUGCUGUAUUCUUCCAGGGCCACCACGGUGCGUUCUAAAGGCAGGAACCUGCGCAUCAAAGCUCCCAUGUGCCGUGCACUCAAGAGGCUGUGUGACCCAGAUGGUGAGUGUACACACAAACACACGCACUCACAGGCACAGACACUCACACAGCAGGAAAAGGGAGGAAGAGUAUGAAUGGGGACGUUGAGGAGUCAUGCAUGUGGGCAGGAGGGGAUGGAUUUCCAUGGCAAUACUCAGGAAUGGGGCGGUAUGAGUAGGGGAGAGUAAGUGGUAAUGGUGAUCAUCUCAGGACCGGAGAGAACAAAUCUUAACCUUUUUCCUUUUACACCUCCCUCCCACUCUCUCUCUCUCUCUCUCACUCACUCUCUCUCUCUCUCUCUCUCUCUCUCUCUCUCUCUCUCCUCUCUCUCUCUCUCUCUCUCUCUCUCUCUCUCUCUCUCCUCUCUCUCUCUCUCUCUCUCUCUCUCUCUCUCUCCCCUCUCUCCUCUCUCUCUCUCCUCUCUCUCUCUCUCCUCUCUCUCUCUCUCUCUCUCUCUAGGAGUGAGUGAUGAAGAGGAUCAGAAGCCUGUGCGUCUACCUCUGAAGGUUGCCGUGGAGCUGCAGCCACGUAGCAACCACUCCUGGGCCCGUGUCCAGAGUCUGGCCCAUAAUCCCCGCCUCAGGUCAGUGUCAACUGACUAUAAAGACCAUGUCCUUUCCAAAGCCUUUGACACAGUUGACAAUCACAUUCCCAUUCAAAGGUUGACUGAAAUAGGCCUGAAUCAGGCUUCUUGCAAGUGGUUUUAGAAUUAUGUCAGACAGGACACUGAUUUCUGAUGGUGUUAAGUCUAGCUUCCUGGAUAUUAUGAAAGGUGUACCACAGGGUCAGUAUUGGGACCUGUUCUCUUUACUAUUUAUAUAAAUAAAACUGUGUUAGAACUUGUAAUAUUCAUCUGUAUGCAGACGAUACUUUUAUGCAUGCCAUUGCCCCAACUGUAGACCAGGUGUUGUUAGAGCUGCAAUCUGACUUUGUUGCUUUACAACAAGCCUUGGUUGGUUUAAAACGUGUACGUAAUGCGGGCAAGACUAAAUGCAUGUUGUUCUCUAAUUCUCGCAAAAAUGUUUCAGAUGGACUACAUAUUUAUUCAUUGAGUGUUUGUCGCAUCGAUCGGGUUCCCGCCUAUAAAUGUCUGGGCAUUUGGAUUGACAGACAUUUGAAUGUUUAAAAAACAUACUGAUGAGCUAGUUAAAAAGCUAAGAUUUAAAGUGGGAUUUUUUGUUGUUGAAAUUUUGUAGAUCCCUAAACAGCAAGAAGCAGAUUGUACAGUCAACUUUCCUGUCGGUUCUUGAAUAUGGUGACACCAUUUACCAGAAUACAGCAGCCACUACUCUUAAACCUUUGGAUGCAGUCUUAACAUAGCGCCCUUCGCUUUAUCACAGGUGACAGUUUUAAUACUCAUUAAUGCAUCCUGUAUCAAAAGGUUGGCUGGUCCUCAUUAAAGUCCCAUAGAUCACUUCACUAUUCCCUUUUUGUUUACAAAGCACUACUACACAAGUUUCUGACUUACCUAACUUCGUUGUUGAAGUAUAAAAACACGAGUUACCAAACCCGUUCACAGGGUUGGUUAACUCUUGAAGUUCUUCAGGUCUCCAUCAAAUUUUAAUGCACCUCACUGCUGGAACAAUUUACAAAACUCAUUACAGUUGGAUGUUCUGGUCCCGCUCAUGCAAUUUAAAGUGUUGAUUGAGGACCUUGUAGCUGAGGAAUGUAACUUGGGCUGUGGCGGUCAUGAAAUUCUGUCAGCCGGUGAUUGUCAAGCAAAUAACUGCCGGUCUCAUGGUAAUUGACAGUUAAUUAACAUAAACACAUUGAGCAUCUCCUGGCUUCCACGCAUAGCCUACAAGCCACUGAUGCAGACCUUUUGGAACAUCUACAUUUUUAAUAAAUCAAUUUAAUAUAGCCUACAUCACAAUAAAUCAAUUAUUUAUUUUUGACAGGUCUGAAGAAACAUGAUAUGAAGAAAAUGUAGUCUAUUUUAGAAGAACAUAACAUACUCUGAGUUGUCCUUUAUGUUAGGCUCUGAUCUGGCUAUGCCAUAUAAGGCUGUGGGCUACAUUUAGUUUAUUUAGCAGACAAGAUUUGCUUUGAAAUCCAUGGCAUUAUUUUAUAGUAUGAAGAGUACAAAUGAACAUAGCUGAAUAAAAUAGAAAGGAUAUUUUCUCCAAACGAUAUGAGGGAGUGCGUCUAUUGUGUUGCGCUGUUAACAAAGAAACGGGUCCUCUUUAUAUGAUGAAUUUAGAGUUAUUUAUGCAACCUUAGUUGUGAUACAAACGUUGGGGGCUAUAUGUUUAGAUUCUUAAUACAUUCUAAGGCUGCAUGAUGCGACUCUAAUGAUUUGAAAAAAGUUGCAUGAAAGGCAUGAGCUCUGCUUAGUUUUUUGCGCAGGCUGCACACACUUCAUCAGUCUCUCUCAUUCACAAUUUGACAAGCACUUGAUAAUGCUUUGAAUUUCCCCGCGGCAUCCACUUUGUGUAGCCGUAAUGCCCCCUAACAAAAUCCAUGCCUUUUGCAGCCGGUGGCCCAUGGCCUGAAAAUAAUAAUAAUAAUGAUUCCCUUCUGAAAAUUAUAAUUAUAGUUCCCUUCUCCCGGCUGCGUGCUCUGAUGCACGUCCUUCUCACAGGCUACAAGUGAAGACCAACACAUCGGGGAGAUCAUUGUAUUGAUUGCUGUUUUGUUUCACAUUGUAUUUGAUUGUUGUAUUACUGUGAUCAGGGCACCCUUGAGAAUGAGACCCUGGUUUCAAUGGGUUUUUCCUGAAUAAUUAAUCAAGAAUUUUUUUUCCAAGUUGAACAUUAGGCGUGUUUGAACGUAACAUGGACAUAACGGUAAUCUUUAUGCUUCUGGGAAACCCAACCCUGACUGUUUGGAUCCCCAUACAUAGCGGCCAUUACAUGAGGCAUAUUAUCAUAUUUUGGUUUCAAGAUGGGUUUUGCUAGGUUGUAUCCUGCUGGACAUGCCCCUGUCAGUGUUUUGAGCUGUGUGUUGUCUACAGGAGCUGUCUUUGCUGAGAAAUUCAAUAUUUUCUAACAUUGUCUGUUCUUUUGUGUGGUGAUGUAGGAUGGUGGUGGAGCUGCAUAGGAAGGUGUCCAGCCUGAUUGAGUUCCUGAAACAGAAGUGGGCCGUCCAGGACCAGCGUGUCGUAUCCUUCCACAACACAACAGUCAUGUCAUGUCCUUUUUAUAGCACUUAGACCACAACCUAGCUGGGGAAAAAAAUUUGAUCUGGUCGAGUAUAGAAUCGCAUGAAAUUAGCACCAGACAACCAGCUGGUAAAAAGUCUACAAUGAGCUGAUCCAUAGUACUUCAAGAGAUCAACAGAUAAUAUUUAGCCUAGUUGAUAAUCAAUUCCUGGGUCUGGUCUUGUUUUUGUUUCUUUGACUUUGAAUCUACCCCUUCUCUGCUGACCCUCCUUGACCGUAUUGUGUUCAGCUGAAGAGCCUGCAGGAGCGCGAGGCGUUAGAGGGAACCCAGCAGCACAGUGGUAGAGGCAGCCAUGCUCUCCCCUGCAGAGCAGACGAGGACCUGUUCCUGUACCCAGCUGAGACCAGCACCCUGACCGCCCUGCCAAGCGUAGCCCGUGUGGUCCACUCCAAGGCCUCCUGCACCGUCCACUGGCAGGAGAGUGGGAAGCCCCGGCCCGGCCCCAAGGAGCUGAUCCCCACCGCCCAGAUUCUGGGCAUCCAGGGGCCCCCGCUCCUCCUCCUCCCCCGGGGGGGUGUGGCCAAACCUGGACGGGGCGGUGGUGGUGGGGACACACGACGGGUAGGGGGAGAGACCCCCGUAUCUACGUCUGAAGGAGGAACGUCUGGAGGAGGAGGAGCAGGGCCAGAGGACAAGAAUCUGAACCGGAUAACAUCUCCUCUUCCUGUACCUCCUCUUCCUCCUCCUUCGUCUUUGCUGCUGUUGUCUACAGCUCAGAAACAGGAGGGUGGUGCAGCCGCGGGGCAGGUGGAAGGGGAGAAAGGGCUUGGGGGAGGACCAGGGGUAGGGGAGGCCUUGGGGUCCAAGGAAGGAGAGAGGGACUCCAAUUGUCAGGGCCAGGGGGGCGGUUCUUGCUCUGCUACUGAUCCAUGCAGGGAUGAAGAGCGGACCCCAGGGGUUAAUGGCAGUGACAGUGCCUCUCCAGAGAGGAACUCCCUCCCCCUGUUGGACCCCCUGGUUCCCACCACACUUCCACCGGCAACGGUACCACGACAGGUGGAGGACGUCCCUCCAGACCAGGGGCAGGGGAGGGCAGCAGCCUCAGGAAAGGAGGAGUCCGGUGGGGUUGGUGGAGGAGGAGGCAGCACCCCAACCCCGGUGUCGGUCGGUCGGUCGGCCCAGCGGAUCUGUGAGGAGGGCUGGAGCUCGCGGGGGUCAGACAGCAACGUGACUCUGGCAGAGCUGUACCUGAUGCUGGGGAAACCUGGGAAACUGCAGCUGGAGUACGAGUGGCAGCCGGCUGCUGUUGCAGCCCCGGAGCUGGAGGAGGAGGGGCUACAGGGACCAGGACAGACAUGCCCACAGCUACAGUCACCAUGCCCCCUGCCCCCACCCUCCACCCACCGCGUCCUGCGCUGUCUGCUCCGACUGGUGUCAUCAGAGGUCAACCCCAAACCUGUGAGUCAACACCGCCUAGUGGGGCAAAUUCUUCAAAGCCACUGGCCACAUUCAAAUUCUCUACACUUUGCCCGAAGUGUGCACUCCUGCACUCUCCCUCAUGGAUUGAAAAGUAAUCGACUGGUGUGAGGGUUAUGGUGGAAACUCCCUCUAGACAUGCUUACACCAAAUUUUGUAAUGCAUGAGGGGGAGGGAACGAGUGCACACUUCUGGAGAAGGGUAGAGAAUCGAAAUGCAGACACUUUGUAGGAGACUUUGUAAACAUAUUAUGUGAUUUCUAUAGCUUUAAGUCAUUUUGUUUUCUUCUAAUGCUCUCUCCCCUCUCCUUUCCUCUCCUCCAGGCCCCAGAGCUGUGCUCCACAGCCACGUCUCCGGUAAAGCCAUCCCAGGAGGAACAGUCCCUCACCCCCCCAGGCAAGGCCCUGGCUGUGGGGGUACGGAGCCCCAACUGUGGACGACCGCAGCCCCUGGGGGUCCGAGCGGCAAAACUGAUGUUACCAAACACUGGAUCCUCCGGUAGCUUACCAAACUCCUCUCACAAGCAAAUGCAAACACACACACAACCUACAUAUAUUCUCCAGUAACUCCAAAGUUGUAGGUCAGAGGACCAAUACUUGAAGUAGUGUUUCUUUUACCUGUAUCUUUGUAAGACAUCUCAUGUACAACAAUACUAAUUAACUGUAACCUUGGCUUUGAACCCCUCAGGUCGUAACCUCCCGCGGUCUCUGCUGGUGUCCGGGGGGGACUCAGAUGGUGGGGUGUUUGCCGUACCCACCACCCUGCCCCCCAACAGCUCCCGACACUCCCGCAUGUUCUCCCCCAACAAGGAGGCCGAGCUCGCCUUCCGACAACAGCUCGACUCCAUCAGCGUAAGGACAUUUUGCAUACUCUCUCUCGCCAUCCCCCUUUUCAUAUCACUCUCCUCCUAGGACCUUUUACAUACACCAUCCCAAGGAUUAUUUUGUCUGUCUCAGAAAAAUUAACUAGCUGGACUCUCUCCAUCCCUUCUAAUAAUGGUUUCCUUUUCCCUCUUCAGGGAUGCAAACUCGUCACUUUUCAGUGAUAUUCGAUAUACAGUGCCUUCGGAAAGUAUUCAGACCCCUUCACUUUUUCCACAUUUUGUUACGUUACAGCCUUAUUCUAAAAUGGAUAAAAUUAUUAUUAUUUAUUUUUCCUCAUCAAUCUACACACAAUACCCCAUAAUGACAAGCUAUAACAGGCUUUUGGAAAUGUUUGCAAAUUUAUUUGAAAUACAUAAAUAAGGUUUUAGUUUUUUAAGUAUUCAGACCCUUUGCUAUGAGACUUGGUGCAUCCUGUUUCCAUUGAUCAUCCUUGAGAUGUUUCUACAACUUGAUUGGAGUCCACCUGUGGUAAAUUCAAUUGAUUGGACAUGAUAUGGAAAGGCACACUCCUGUCUAUAUAAGCUCCCACAGUUGACAGUGCAUGUCAGAGCAAAAACCAAGCCAUGAGGUCGAAGGAAUUACCCGUAGAGCUCCGAGACAGGAUUGUGUACAGGCACAGAUCUGGGGAAGGGUACCAAAAAAUGUCUGCAGCAAUGAAGGUCCCCAAGAACACAGUGGCCUCCAUCAUUCUUAAAUGGAAGAAGUUUGGAACCACCAAGACUCUUCCUAGAGCUGGCUGCCCGGCCAAACUGAGCAAUCGGGGGAGAAGGGCCUUGGUCAGGGAGUUGACCCAGAACCCGAUGGUCACUCUGACAAAGCUCCAGAGUUCAUCUGUGGAGAUGGGAGAAACUUCCAGAAGGACAACCAUCUCUGCAGCACUCCACCAAUCAGGCCUUUAUGGUAGAGUGGCCAGACGGAAGCCACUCCUCUGUAAAAGGCACAUGACAGUCCGCUUGGAGUUUGCCAAAAACCAACUAAAGGACUCUCAGACCAUGAGAAACAAGAUUAUCUGGUCUGAUGAAACCAAGAUUGAACUCUUUGGCCUGAAUGCCAAGCGUCACCUCUGGAGGAAACCGGGCACCGCUCAUCACCUGGCCAAAACUAUCCCUACGGUGAAGCAUGGUGGUGGCAGCAUCAUGCUGUGGGGAUGUUUUUCAGCGGCAGGAACUGGGAGACUAGUCAGGAUCGAGGGAAAGAUUAACGGCGCAAAGUACAGAGAGAUCCUUGAUGAAAACCUGCUCCAGAGCGCUCAGGACCUCAGACUGGGGCGAAGGUUCACUUUCCAACAGGACAAUGAUCCUUAGCACACAGCCAAGACAACGCAGGAGUGGCUUCGGGACAAGUCUCUGAAUGUCCUUGAGUGGCCCAGCCAGAUCCCGGACUUGAACCCGAUUUAAACAUCUCUGGAGAGACCUGAAAAUAGCUGUGCAGCGACGCUCCUCAUCCAACCUGACAGAGCUUGUAAGGAUCUGCAGAGAAGAAUGGGAGAAACAUCCCAAUACAGGUGUGCCAAGCUUGUAGCAUCAUACCCAAGAAGAUUCAAGGCUGUAAUCGCGGCCAAAGGUGCUUCAACAAAGUACUGAGGAAAGGGUCUGAAUACUUAUUUUUUUAUAAAUUUGAAAUAAAUCUAAAAACCGGUUUUUGCUUUGUCAUAAUGGGGUAUUGUAUGUAGAUUGAUGAGGGGAAAAAACAAUUUAAUCAUUUUUUAGAAUACGGCUGUAACGUAACAAAACGGGGUUUGAAUACUUUCCGAAGGUACUGUAAUUAUAGAACUCUUGUGGAUUUGUAUUAAGAAGCAAAGUGGCGUGGAGAGAGAGCGGAGAGGGCUGACUGAAGGAGCGGUGUAAACUCUAAAAAUGGACGUUACACACGGCAUAUCACAUUUAACAAACCAAACAUUCAAAUACCCUUAUAGAAGGUACAGUAAAAACCCAAACCGGUCCGUGCAUCAAUACCGGAAUAUAGUAAAAUACCGUAUACCGCCCAGCCCUAAGAGAGACCUCUGGCUUUCUCAUCCAAUGGGUUUUGAGAAGGAGAGAGGACGCGAGGAGUGUGCAAUUGAGUUUCUCCCACUGUUCAUCCAAUAUCACGUGUGACAGCUGUGAGCAGCCAGCCGCAUCCCCUAACCAGCCAUUAGCCUACUCAGCUGCUUCUCUCUAUCCGUUCUUUCUGCACAUCUCCAUCAGUUUUCAAAUGUUAUUUACCGUGAUGGCGAGCUGGGGUUUGCAAACAUUGAUGGGGUUUCUGUUACAUUUGUUUAAUUAUUGGAGCAGGAUGAGCGAUGUGGAUACAUAUCUUUUUAUUAUGCUUGUAAGAACAAGCAGGCCAGUCUGACUUUGCUGUCAUGCAGCCUCUGAGGAAAAACAGAGUACAGUGACAGUCAUGCUUGUGUCUUUACAAAAGUUUAAAUCAGAAGUUUCUAGCCUAAACCCCUUUCUACCGCGAAUUGGUGCACAUGUUACGUAAUUCUAUAAACCAUGUUGUGGGCCAUUUUAAACUAAUUGUGGGCCGCAAGUGUUUGGUUUGAUAACAAAUGAACUUGUUUAGUAAUGUUACCUGGCUAGCUAGAAAACAACAUGGUACAUUGGCUAUGCACACAUUUGGAUGGCACAGAAAAAAGGGAUAGAUAGCCUACUCAAAGAGAUGCUUCAAAGGUAGGAUGCAUAUGCCUAAUCAAUUCAUUCUAAGCUAAAUCUGAAUAGAAAAUCUAUCUUUUUCGGGUGUUCCUUAAAUUCUGUUUGGUGCCUAACUUUUGGUAGCCGUAUGUGGGAGGGAGAAAGAGGGAGCGAGAGGAGGUGUGUGUGUGGGAGGGAGGGAGGGUUUAGGCUAUAUGUGGAAAAUUGUCUGAAGAGUAGGCUAAAGAUGACCCCUAACCCUAGUGUAACCCUUACUGCCACAAUGAAAAUGCAGAUCAUUAUACAUUUAUAUUUCUUACUACAUUCCUCCUGCCCAAUCACAGGUAGGCCUUUGGAUAUGCGCAAAUCAGCUAUUUUCUGCAGUAGCCUUUUCUAUUAUACAGUAUAAAGUGUGAAAUGUAAUCCAAUGUGUUGUAUUGAGUAGAGGUGUGAAUGUCAGGGACAGGUUUUUGUGCAGCACCCGUGUAGAACGUAUAGAAAAUGGGAACGGGCUACCUGGUGCCUGGCAAACCCCGUGGUAUCACGAUUCUACUCGGUAUCGUGAUACUUGGCCUGGUAUCCUAUUGUUGGUGUUGUGACAACCUCAUUCUGAAAAAGGCACAUUUUCUUGCAGUUCAGAUUUUUUUUUAACUUUUUGGGCCCUCACCAGUUUGCAUCUCUGCCUCUUACAGAUGCAGUCAGACAUUUUCCUGCCAAAACAAAGGAAAAACAGGAGCCGGCCACUUCGAAAGCCCCUCGUGGUCCAGGUAAGUCUUUAAUCUUAGUCCUUUGUUUGGUGUACCUGUUGAAUUGACAGUUAUUCUUAGGACAUCUUGAAAUCUGAACAGAUUGUUUCAAUGUGAAAUUGUUGUUUGUUCCUCCUCAGAGAACACUGCUCCCCCGCACCACUGGAGACACUCCUCAACACGUCUGCUCCUUUUCCAUCCUCUCCAACUCAUCUGCCACAGGUAUGCCACCUGUCAACAUAACCCAUACACCUAGUUACAAAAUUAUAAAUUAAUUAUAAAACAUGCUUUUACUUAUAUAAUCACAAGAAGGAAGGAAGUAGGCAUGUUUGAAGUAUCGGAACAACACAUUAUUUUUGUAAUUAUGCUGCAGGAAUAAAAAGCACUGGGGAGCAGUAAUAUUCUGUGAUCAAGCCCAAAUAUGUUUUAUCCAACUAUCUGAACAGUGCUAGAAAUACUCAACCACACUCACCUCCAUAGUUUGGACUUGACUGACUUUUUCUUCUUACUGGCUCCCCUUCAGGAACAGGCUCCUUCCGGCCAAUCCAGCCCCGUCUCUCUGCCUCCACCCGUCCCCUCCUCCCCAGAACUCUGCCCAUCACCUCUAGCCCUGGGAUGUCCAGUCAGCUCUCCAGUACGUACCUCUUCUCUCUACCUGUUCAGGACCUGAAACUAACUUUUUGGUCCACCAGACACUGUGGCAGGUAGACUUAAAAAUCUAACAGCCACUCAGAUUUUUUACCAGCCCUCAAAAAAUUGGACACCAAAAUUACACAAAACUAUUAAAAUAAAACAGAUGAGCAUGCUUUGUGAUGUUUCUAAAACAAUAAAUGUAUUACUAUUAAGAAGUAAUGUGGUAUAUUGCUUAAUUUCUUUUCAUUGUUUUUUACCGGAGUCUUUUAACCAAAAUAUCACAGAUGAGACAAAAAAUGUCACCAGCCCCUUUAAGAGGUGGAGGUUACAUUUACAUUUACAUUUACAUUUUAGUCAUUUAGCAGACGCUCUUAUCCAGAGCGACUUACAGUUAGUGAAUACAUAUUUUUUUAUACUGGCCCCCCGUGGGAAUCGAACCCACAACCCUGGCGUUGCAAACACCAUGCUCUAUCAACUGAGCUACAUCCCUGCCGGCCAUUCCCUCCCCUACCCUGGACGACGCUGGGCCAAUUGUGCGCCGCCCAUGAGUCUCCCGGUCGCGGCCGGCUGCGACAGAGCCUGGAUUCGAACCAGGAUCUCUAGUGGCACAGUUAGCACUGCGAUGCAGUGCCUUAGACCACUGCGCCACUCAGGUUACCAUGGUAAUGUGACUCAUGUUUGUGCCUGUGAGAUUAAGCGAGUCUGAGUAGUAGUCUUGUAGUUCAUCCCGCCCGCUUUUCAUACUGCACCCACUGGCUUUCUAUCUGACUCCCACCUGCUACCAGAAGAACUGGUCCCGAACCCAACCGCAGUCCUGCAAUGUUAUUUUAGGCAUAUGUGACACCCUCAUUUGCCAGCCAUGGUCCCAGUAAUUUUGCGCCCUAUAGGCAAUAUCAAAAAGCGCAAAAAUAACCUAAAAGAUAGAUUAAAGUAAGAUUAUCAUGUGGCCCAUUAUAUUAGGGUAUCGGUAUUACUGGGCUAUAUCAGCCAAUAUGCUAGACGUCGUUUGAAGAGAGCAGAGUUGGAGAGACUUGCGUUUUCUCUUGAGCUAUGUUUUAUAGCCUACCUUUCAGGAGUGGGACGAUUUUCAGACUGAUCAAAUACGGGUGAUCAAUACAUAUUUCUAGGCAAUGCCGUAAACUAUAUCCUAAUCAUAUUUAGGAAGUACAUUUCCUUGGAACGAUAACUGCCCCGUGCUUCUCCACUCAUGCAUAGGCUAUAGCCUACUCUAUUUAAUUGAGACCACACUCGCACCUGAUCUCUCAGAUAUGGCUACUGAACUUGAAGCAGCAAGAAUGAUGACAGCGGACACUUGCACUUUCUCUUGAGCUACGUUUUGCAUAUAGGAUAUAGCCCACCUUUUUUAGGAGGACGAUUUGCAGGCAGAGACAAUAAAUGAGUAAUCAAUAUUUAUUGAAAAUGAAAGGGCGCAAUGCUUGCUCACCAUGGUAGCUUGUGCGCGUGUUGCGCCUUUUUUCCUUUUCAAGGAUCACAUUUAUUUUAUUGCACCUCAAUUUAUGUUGGUUGAGCGCCCUCCAUUUUUUCAUUAUCAAUAUGUAUUUAGACACUGUAGUAAACUAUAGUCUAAUCAUAUUUAAGUUAAUUUCCUUGGAAAAUUAACUACUCUAUUUCAAUGAGACCACACAUAUACUAGGCACACUUGAUCUCGCACACCCAACUAGGAGAGGAAGGCUACUGAAGUUGAAGCAGUGAAUUCUGAGCGUGUGAAUAAUGCGACAAAGAUGAGCUUUUAAUACAAUAGGUAGGCUAACAUAUCCAAAACAGAAAGACGGGACCCCCAAAAUAUUUUUGUCCCAAAGUCGUGUGUAUGACUGCCCACUACCUGAAAACAGCUUUGUAGUGAAUUUACAUGAAUAAUACAAAAAAAGAGCCAUGAAAAAUGCAGACCGCGCAGCAAUGAUCUGUCGGACCCGCAGCUCUCUACCGCGUCGUCUUCUCUUCCAUACCAGUUGAAACUCAAACAUUGAGAAACAACUUAGCUUGUGAACAAAACAAUGUAAAUAGCCAAGAAACACAAGGACAAAGUCUCACUUGAGUAGACUUUAGUUUCAAGUAAAUUAGGCUAGUGUUGCUGCGCUAUACAGGAUUCGUAGUUCUUUGACUUUGUGCGAUUUAAAUUUACCAGCUAAGAAACAAAAUGGCAGAAAUACUUUGAAAACAGCUACUGUAGCAUUUACACUAUAUAUAUAUAUAUAUAUAUAUAUACAAAAGUAUGUGGAUACCCCUUCAAAUUGGUGGAUUUGACUAUUUCAGCCACACCCAUUGCUGACAGGUGUAUAAAAUCGAGCACACAGCCAUGCAAUCUCCAUAGACAAACAUUGGCAGUAGAAUGGCCUUACUGAAGAGCUCAGUGACUUUCAACGUGGCACUGUCAUAGGAUGCCACCUUUUCCAACAAGUCAGUUUGUCAAAUUUCUGCCCUGCUAGAGCUGCAAAUGUAAGUGCUGUUAUUGUGAAGUGGGAACGUCUAAUUGCAACAACGGCUCAGCCGCGAAGUGGUAGGCGCCAGAAGCUCAGAGAACGGGACUGCCGAGUGCUGAAGCGCAUACUGCGUAAAAAUCGUCUGUCCUCGGUUGCAACACUCACUACCGAGUUCCAAACUGCCUCUGGAAGCAACAUCAGCACAAGAACUGUUCGUUGGGAGCUUCAUGAAAUGGGUUUCUGUGGCCAAGCAGCCGCGCACACAAGCCUAAGAUCACCAUGUGCAAUGCCAAGCGUCGGCUGGAGUGGUGUAAAGCUCGCCGCCAUUGGACUCUAGAGCAGUGGAAACGCAUUCUCUGGAGAGAUGAAGCACACUUCUGGGUUUGGCGGAUGCCAGGAGAACGCUACCUGCCCGAAUGCAUAGUGCCAACUGUAGUUUGGUGGAGGAGGAAUAAUGGUCUGGGGCUGUUUUUCAUGGUUCUAGGCUAGGCACCUUAGUUCCAGUGAAGGGAAAUCUUAACGCUACAGCAUACAAUGACAUUCUAGACGAUUCUGUGCUUCCAACUUUGUGGCAACAGUUUGGGGAAGGCCCUUUCCUGUUUCAGCAUGACCAUGCUCCCCUGCAGAAAGCGAGGUCCAUACAGAAAUUAUUUGUCGAGAUCGGUGUGGAAGAACUUGACUGGCCUGCACAGAGCCCAGACCUCAACCCUCAACCUCAAAGCAAGUCCCCGCAGCAAUGUUCCAACAUCUAGUGGAAAGCCUUCCCAGAAGAGUGGAGGCUGUUAUAGCAGCAAAGGGGGAUGAACUCCAUAUUAAUGCCCAUGAUUUUAGAAUGAGAUGUUAGACGAGCAGGUGUCCACAUACAUUUGGUAAUGUAGUGUAUAUUGCUAUAAAUGUGAUCAUACUUGGUUAUUUGUAUUCACAAAUGCGAGUGAAAUUCUUGCACUGUGGAGCCCUGACCACCCACCAACGUGGCUGGUGAAAUAGACCUCUUACCCGCCAAUGCCAAAAUCUACUCUCAUUUGGCAGGUGGUGGGUGUUCGGUUUAGACCCUGGUUUUGUUUGGUUUGUUUUUCUCUCCUCUUCUCUUCUCUUUCACCUUUUUAGACAUUUUCUUAUUUUAAGGCCCACCUAGGCCAGGCCCACUGAUGCUGGAAAUUAGCGCAAGCUAAAGCGUGAUGGUGCAAUUCAUCUAUAAUCGGACUCUUGACAAUUCAAUGUGUGAUGAUUCUAUAUUUUUCCAUCCAGGUGCCAUUGACCUGGCAGCCAAGUCAGCAGGCAUCAUCCCAGGCAGCCCCUGUCGGGAGCUGGAGGCCCCCAGUCCAGACGGAAGGCCCCUCAUUUCAACCUCUCACCCUGGAGUGGUGCAUGAUGGUCCUGGUCCUCCCCAGACACCGCUCCUCCAGCAGGCCUCCUCUGAGGUGAGUGGAACACUGAAAGAAGAAGGGAAAGAGAAACGGUGAUAGAGAGAAAGAUCUAAAAGACAACAGACCCUAUGUAUACCUGGGUCGUGUUCAAAAGGCCGGACACUGUUUUCAUAGAGGGAGGUGCUACAGGAUUUUCAUAUAUUUUUCAUACAUUAAUUCUAACCCUACAUAAUUCUUUCACUAACCCUCCACCAGGUUUCGCUGCAGAACGGCCUCCCCCCUCCGUCUCCAGGAGUGGCAGGUAACUCUCUCCUCUCCCCGCCCAGCAUGGCCUCUCUGCUGGACAUCUCUCUCCCGGGACCCCCGGAGGAAGCAAUGGCUCCUGGAGGGCCACAAACACACAUCAGUGACUCAAUCAUUGAGCUGGCCAUCAACUCGGCACACUACGGUAAGGGAAGGGGGCGUUGUUGUGCUUCUAUAAAGGGGAUUUUGUACUGUUGUUUUUGUAGUGUUGCCUGAAUCUGUUUACAUCUCUCACUCACAUGCUCUCUCUCAGGUGAUGAGGCAUCCCUCUCGCCUGCCAAGUUGAAUGGUAGUGAGUACUCUAAGCUCCUACGCUCUACCUCAGUCAGCCCCUCCAGAGGCUGGAUCCCUUCCCCCAGCCACGACCCUCAGUGGUACCCCAACGACUCCACUGACUCUUCAUUUGGCUGCCUGCUAUGUAAGACAGACACACACACACACACACACUUAUAUGUAUGCACGCACACACACACACGUACAGUAUAUACGUACACGCAGAUGAUUUUCAAUUGAACUGAACCUGUUGAAGAAGCCAAUUGAAGCAGGAUUACUCUGAGCCCAGAACCAUUCGCUCAACUGAGAUAUAGCUUUGAAUUGUGUUGUCUCAAUUUCAAACAACUUCAACUCACUCCCUUCCUCCCCUACCCCCCUCUCUCUCCCCCCCCCACAGCGAGCCUGGUGUCUCCUGAUAAGGGCAGACGAAGCUCCCUGACCCCUUCCGGCCCCUCCAGUGGAACAGCCCUCCUCGGACCCAGAUUUCUGGACUGCAACUCCCAUGAUUCCUUUCAGUCCCGCGGCCUGCCAGACGUAGCAGAGGUAAGACCACACCAGUAGGAAGCAUAUUGCUACACCCCUCCCUUGCACAAUUUUCACCUUUUGUUUCCUUACAGUUUAAAUCAAAUACAGUUUUAUUUCUCACAUGCGCCGAAUACAACCGGUGUAGACCGUAUAGUGAAAUGCUUACUUACAAGCCCUUAACCAACAAUGCAGUUUUAAGAAAAAAUAAAUAAACUAAAGUAAAAAAUAAGAGCAACAAUAAAUAACAAUAACAAGGCUAUGUACAGGGGGUAGCGGUACCGAGUCAAUGUGCGGGGGUACAGGUUAGUCGAAGUAAUUGAGGUAAUAUGUAGGCGUAAAGUGACUAUGCAUAGAUAAUAGAUCAUAAACAGCGAGUAGCAGCAGCGUAAAGAAAGGGGGUGGUCAAUGCAAAUAGUCCGGGUAGCCAUUUGAGUAGCUGUUCAGCAGUCUUAUGGCUUGGGGGUAGAAGCUGUUAAGAAGCCUUUUGGACCUAGACUUGGCGCUCCGGUACUGCUUGCCGUGCGGUAGCAGAGAGAACAGUCUAUGACUAGGGUGGCUGGAGCCUUUGGCAAUUUUUAUUGCCUUCCUCUGACACCGCCUGGUAUAGAGGUCCUGGAUGGCAGGAAGCUUGGCCCCAGUGAUGUACUGGGCCGUACGCACUAACCUCUGUAGCGCCUUGCGGUCGGAGGCCGAGCAGUUGCCAUACCAGGCGGUGAUGCAACCAUUCAGGAUGCUGUCAAUGUGCAGCUGUAUAACUUUUUGAGGAUCUGAGGACCCAUGCCAAAUCUUUUCAGUCUCAUGAGGGGGAAUAGGCGUUGGCGUGCCCUCUGCACGACUGUCUUGGUGUGUUUGGACCAUGAUAGUUUGUUGGUGAUGUGGACACCAAGGGACUUGAAGCUCUCAACCUGCUCCACUACAGCCCCAUCGAUGAUAAUGUGGGCGUGCUCUGCCCUCCUUUUCCUGUAGUCCACGAUCAUCUCCUUUGUCUUGAUCACGUUGAGGGAAAGGUUGUUGUCCUGGCACCACACUUCCAGGUCCCUAUAAGCUGUUUCAUCGUUGUCGUUAUCAGGCCUACCACCGUUGGGUCGUCGGCAAACUUAAUGUUGGAGUUGUGCUUGGCUACGCAGUCAUGGGUGAACAGGGAGUACAGGAAGGGAAUAAGCACGCACCCCUGAGGGGCCCCCGUGUUGAGGAUCAGCGUGGCAGAUGUGUUGUUGCCUACCCUUACCACCUGGGAGCGGCCCGUCAGGAAGUCCAGGAUCCAGUUGCAGAGGGAGGUGUUUAGUCCCAGGGUCCUUAGCGUAGUGAUGAGCUUUGAGGGCACUACACUGAGUUGUAGUCAAUGAACAUACUUUUUAUGUAGGUGUUCCUUUUGUCCAGGUGGGAAAGGGUAGUGUAUAGUGCAAUAGAUUGCUUCAUCUGUUGGGGCGGUAUGCAAAUUGGAGUGGGUCUAGGGUUUCUGGGAUGAUGGUGUUGAUGUGAGCCCUGACCAGCCUUUCAAAGCACUUCAUGGCUACAGAUGUGAGUGCUACGGGUCGGUAGUCAUUUAGGCAGGUUACCUUUGGUGUUCUUGGGCACAGGGACUAUGGUGGUCUGCUUGAAACAUGUAGGUAUUACAGACUCGGCCAGGGACAGGUUGAAAAUGUCAGUGAAGACACUUGCCAGUUGGUCAGCGCAUGCUCGGAGUACACGUCCUGGUAAUCCGUCUGGCCCUGUGUCCUUGUGAAUGUGGACCUGUUUAAAGGUCUUGCUCACAUCGGCUACGGCCAGCGUGAUCACACAGUCCUCCGGAACAGCUGGUGCUCUCAUGCAUGCUUCAGUGUUGCUUGCCUCGAAGUGCGCAUAGAAGUAAUUUAGCUCAUCUGGUAGGCUUGUGUCACUGGGCAGCUCGUUUAGAGUUCGAAUGCAUUAUAUUGUAGUAUUUUUUUUUAAAGCAACACCAAAUUCAUAAUUUUUGGGUAAAUGUAUCAAAAACAAGAUUCAAAUGUUGUUCACCCCCUUGUCAAUACUCUGUGGAAGCAUGUUCUUCAGUCAUUCCGUGACAAUCUAAUAUGUGGUUAUCUUCGUCCCUGCAGGUAGACACCCAGCUGGCCUGCAUGAUGAGUGAGAGCAGCGUGGAUUACAUCGCCCGCUUCAACGAUUUGGCACAGGAGCUUGCCGUCACAGAGCCGCACCUCCCACCACCUUGAGUUUGAAUAGACUGGGGGCGGGUUUAAGAAAUGUCUGUCACAGAGCUGCCCUUCCCACUCCUUCAGAAGUGCAAGGAUGAAGGGGGGUGGAGAAACACUCCUUCCCCUAUAUAGUUUGUGAAAUAAAGUGCAAUAACCAUGGUCAUUGGCCUGAACAGAAAAAGCACUCAGAUCUACCUUGGCACAGUCCAACUGGAACAGGUUUAAACUGGUUCUGAUGGUUUCAGCUGGUUUUAAUGGGUUCUGAAAUGGUUUCCUCUGGUUCUGAAGGUCCAUGGUCUGGUUUCAACUGGUUCUAAAGGAACGUGGACUAGUUUCAACUGGUUCUGAUGGCCUGUGGACCGGUUUCAACUGGUUCUGAUGGGUUCGGAACUGGUUUCAGAUGGUUCUGACCGGUUUCAACUGGUUCUUAUGGCUUCUGACCGGAGUGAACUUGUUCUGACGGGUUCCAGCUGGCUUGUUUGUUUGGACCAUUCUGUCUGUUCUGCCUAGCGAGCCUCCCUUCUUUUAAAACACUUAAAAAAUUAAUCCCAUUUACAAAACACAACCUCAUGUAAAGAAAAAAACAAUGCCAUAUCUGAACAAAAGACUGGGUCUCUGUCUGUGUAUCUUUCCAUUUCUCUGUCCUUGUCCUUUUCUCUCCUUCUUCCCUCUGAGAAAUAUCAAACCGAAGAUGUUUGAGUGCAAAAUGUAAAUGUCAGACAAACUUGAAAAUAACUACUGAUGAACUUCUGAACUGCUAGUAGCGUUUCCUUCUCCAUCUUGUCAGUUUAAGUCGUCCGUGUGAACUAACACAUCAUUUAAUCUGUUGAAACUGAAUAAGCCAUAUGAGUGGAACUGAUGUGAAUUUGUAUCCCAGGCCAAACAUACGUGUGUCUGACUGACUGUCUGUGUCCCUCUAUCCAUAUCAAAGCAAAAAGUUUGACACUCCACUUGAACAUCUACUCCAACUAACCCAGCUACAGCUGUGUUAGUGUCUGGUUUUUCUUCUCAACCAACGCUUUGAAACUACCUGAAAGCUCAUUUCAGUUUUCUGUAUCAAAAUGUUUUGUAAUGUUGCGCCCUACUGAACGCAAACCUUGUGUGCUUUUGUGUAACACCACACCAGGCGCUCCAUCCUAUGAUGCCUGGUUGUCAGUCGAGGGGUGGGUUUUAGAGAGGUCCCCAGCUGACUAAAGGACCAAUCAUAUUAUGAGGGGUUUUAGACACAGAAAUAUGGUCACGUUCCAGGAUGACUACGUUGGAGAUGUUGCAUUGCAUCAACCAAUGUUUGUGUGCCACGUCAUCGACUACGCAAUCCGGCAUCAGAUUACUAAGGUCGAGAUCCAGCCUGACUACAUUGCAGCAAAUGCCAGAAAUGAAGAAGCGUGUUUCCAGGACGAAUUGUGUGUCCAAAAUGGCACCCUAUUUCCUAUAUA